UUUCCGGAGCGGAUCGGAGCCGGAGCCGGGGUUCGGUGUCCGCCGGCGGGUGGCUGAGCAGCACGUGGGAAUAAUGGCGCAAGAAGUAAUGGAUGAAGCUGUAUUCAUAUGGUGUGACGAUUGUGGCCAGUAUCACGACUCUGAAUGUCCCGAGCUGGGGCCCGUAGUGACUGUACAGGACUCCUUUGUGUUAAGUAGAGCAAGGUCCUCUCUUCCCACCAAUCUGGAGAUUAAGCAGUUGGAGGAUGGCGCAGAAGGGGUGUUUGCCGUGACGCCACUUGUUAAACGCACCCAGUUUGGCCCAUUUGAAUGUAAGAGAGUUUCCCAACUAGACAAAGAACCAGCAUUUUCACUGAAGGUCUUUCAGAAAGAUGGGUUGACUGUGCUCUUUGAUACCUCUAACGAGGAUGAAUGCAACUGGAUGAUGCUAGUGAGACCCGCCACAGACUUCAUCCAUCAGAACCUAACCGCCUUCCAACAUGGCAGUGAAAUAUACUUUACUACAUCUCGGGAUAUUGCUGCAGGCUCUGAGCUGCGUGUAUGGUAUGCAGCAUUCUAUGCAAGAAAGAUGGAGAGACCUUUGUUAAAGGAAGUGGGCUUCUUGGCAACCGAAACUGACAAAGAGGUGAACCCAACUUCCUCAAAGUCCAGCCAUAUGGCGGUAAUGACACACAAAAAAAUGAAAAUGAUCCGUGCUUCUGCUGCCUACACUUCAGUUUCAUGCCAGGACAACAGUGACAUCAUCCAUGUGGAAACCUGCGAGUGGACGUGUAAAGUGUGCAAUGCAACAUUCAUCGAACCCAACCUUCUAACAGAACAUUUGUUAAGUCACCUUGAGCAAGCCAAAGGGAUUUCAACGUCAGCGCAUUGUGAGAGCUCUUACAUGGAGAGUGAGCCGGUCGUUGUGAACUCAGAUCCGGCAGUGAUCAGCACCGGUAUGGCCAGUAACAUAGAACUGAAGAAGAAAACAAGGAAAGGUCGCAAGUCCAAAGCUGUGAAAGGAGACAUACCAUUAGUAAUUGUGGAGGAUGAUAGCCCACCAGAAGAGAGAGAACACAAUCCCAUCUUCUACAACCCAGUUUACCCAGAGAGAGUGGCUGAGAUCGUCACAGAGAUCCCACCAGAUGAAGUUCCACUGUCACAUGACUCCGAGGACAAGUUCAUGGAGCUAAUGCUGGGAAAAGUACCCAACAGCAGUAACAGCUUGACCUCUGUCACUAAGUAUGCUUUCCACCAGGGGAAUAGCUCCUUGAAGAGGGCUGUGAUGCUCUCAGGAAGUCGACAUGGCAUGAGACGGAAGUUUGUACGACAGCUCGGAGAUCAUAAGCGUAUUUUCCAGUGCAACAUUUGUACAAAGGUUUUCCGGAACAGCAGCAAUCUGAGCAGACAUGUCAGAUCCCACGGAGACAAACUCUUUAAAUGUGAAGAAUGUUCUAAACUGUUCAGUCGGAAAGAAAGCUUAAAGCAGCAUGUGUCCUACAAACACAGCAGGAAUGAUAUCGAUGGGGAGUACAGAUAUCGCUGCGCUACAUGUGAAAAAGCCUUCAGAGUUGAGGCAUUUCUGGAGUUCCACAACUGCAGAACAGAUGACAAAUCAUUCCAGUGUGAAAUGUGCUACAGAUUCUUCUCGACCAACAGCAACCUGUCCAAGCACAAAAAGAAGCACGGAGAGAAGAAAUUUGCCUGUGAGAUCUGCAAUAAGCUGUUUUAUAGACGCGAUGUGAUGCUGGAGCAUCAUCGUCGCCAUUUAGAGGGAGUGAGACGCGUUAAACGGGAGAGCAUGCACCAGAAUGCAGAUAAUUCAAUGAAGUAUAAAAAGGAACCGUCUGCAUGUCCUGUCUGUGGGAAGAUGUUUUCCUGCAGAAGUAAUAUGAACAAACAUCUCCUUACGCACGGAGACAAGAAAUACACGUGUGAGAUUUGCGGGCGGAAAUUCUUUAGGGUGGAUGUCUUGAGGGAUCACAUUCAUAUCCAUUUCAAGGACAUAGCCUUGAUGAAUGACCAGCAGCGAGAAGAGUUCAUUGGGAAGAUUGGCAUCUCCUCUGAAGAUAAUGAUGAUAAUUCUGAUGGCAGCCUGGACUCAGAACUUCAUAAGUACAGCUGCAAGAGGUGCCAGAUCUCUUUUGCGCGGGGGAAGGAAUACCUGAAGCACAUUAUGGAUGUUCAUGCGGAGAACGGUUACGACUGCAGUAUCUGUCACCGGCGAUUUGCUCUCAAGGCUACCUAUCAUGCUCACAUGGUGAUCCACCGGGAGAACUUACCGGACCCAGAGGUGCAGAAGUACAUUCACCCGUGCGGUGAUUGCGGCAGGAUUUUCAACAGCAUAGGAAACCUGGAGAGACACAAACUCAUUCAUUCAGGUGUGAAAAGUCAUGGCUGUGAACAGUGUGGAAAAUCAUUUGCCAGGAAGGACAUGUUAAAGGAGCACAUGAGAGUUCAUGAUAAUAUCCGAGAAUAUUUGUGUGCGGAAUGCGGGAAAGGAAUGAAAACGAAACACGCUUUACGCCACCAUAUGAAGUUGCACAAGGGGAUCAAAGAGUAUGAGUGCAUGGAAUGUCACCGCAAGUUCGCUCAGAAGGUUAAUAUGCUUAAACACUACAAAAGACACACAGGAAUCAAGGACUUCAUGUGCGAGCUCUGUGGCAAGACAUUCAGUGAGAAAAAUACAAUGGAGACCCACAAACUCAUUCACACUGUGGGGAAGCAGUGGACAUGCUCGGUGUGUGAUAAAAAGUAUGUGACGGAAUAUAUGCUUCAGAAGCAUGUCCAACUGACUCAUGAAAAGGUGGAAGCGCAGAGCUGCCAUAUGUGUGGGACAAAGGUGUCAACCAGAGCAUCGAUGAGCCGCCACCUAAGACGCAAACACCCAGAGGUCCUCUCUGUACGGAUUGAAGAUUUGGACGACCUUCACGAGCACUCAGUCAUUGACGCAACUACAAUAAGCAUUGUACAGCCGGAGCUGGAUGUGGGAGAUGACGUGGAGUUGGAUCAGGAUAAACAGUUGCAGGUCAGAGUGCCCCACGCAGAGAAGGACAAGGGUAGAGAGGACGGCACGCAUGGCCAUGCCACGUAUGUAGAAUACCAUCAGAAAGCCGCUGAAUUUGCACGAAGCGUAGGGGAUGAGGAUGGGUCAGCUGUGGAGACACUACAACAGGUGGUGGUCACCAUCAGUGAUGGGAAUGUCACUGCUCCAUCCUGUACAGUUGGACUUCCUAACAUCACGGUCACUCCUAUUACAACGACAGCCGGUGCUCAGUUUGCCAGCCUCCAGCCUGUAGCAGUUGGCCACUUGACUACUCAAGAUCGGCAGCUGCAGCUUGACAGCUCCAUCCUAACGGUUACCUUCGAUGCGGUCAGUGGCAGUGCUGUGUUGCACAAUCGUCCUGCCGAGUUGGCUAUCACUUCCUCACAAGAACCAUCCGGACCUCAGCCUGUGGCACAUUUCAUCAAUCUGACCACCUUUGUAAAUUCCAUUGCUCCUUUAGGAGGUCAGAUUGCUGCUGAAGGACCUCUCACAUGGAGAGCAGUGCCCGCAGGGGAAACUCCACCACCACAAGAGGAAGAACACCCCUCGGAUCAUAGAGAUGAGGGACGGCAGCCAUCUCACACCCAACCGGGGCAAACUGCCCACACAGACUCUCAGGAGCAGAUGUACACUUACUAACUUCCUGAAUCCAAGAAGUGUUUUAUUUUGAGCAGCUAUUAAACUAUUGACCACUGUAACUGGAUAAGGAAAUGCAACUACUCACCUAUACACUUGAAGAACCAGCAAAGUUAAAACUUUACAGUGAGCAGUCUGGUUAAAUAAACUUUAAUAAGAAGGAAUGACUAUUUUUAAUCGCCGAAGGAUUGAGCAAGAUACUAUAUGUAAAUGCUUAGCACUGUCCUUUUGCAUUAAGCCCAAUAAUGUACAGACAAUGUUAAGAAAGCCUAUUGAGAUGCUGAUCCUUCUGUAAAAAUUCCUGGUAUUGAUGAAGUUGGUGACUGCUGGAAGGUCCUAUCAGAACAAACGAUAAAUAUGAAAAAAAAAUAAGUGAAAUAGUUUACAUUUGCAUUGUGAAACGCUUGUUUUCCAUUAUUGUGUAAUGUAUUGCGACUGGUUAUCUCAAACCCUCUGCUUUUCACACUUGUGAGAUCCAUAAAUAUUAACCAAGUUGGACCUAGAGGGGAGAAGGGUUUCAUGGAUGGUAAUAUUAUUUUGUUGUUGUUAAAUACGGUGUCUGUUACAGAAAAUGAACCUAUAUUAUGUGCACUGAAAACCUUUUUAUUUAUGCCAAAGCCCCAAAGACAAACGGAUAACAAAAAUGUUCAAGUGGACCGGGCUUUAUAAAGCGGUCCGAGGUUGAAUAAGAUCUUGCAACUGCCUAUAGGCCCCAGUCCCUAUCGCCUCAAUAACUUCUCAUCCACGGGGGACCCAGUCUGCUUUAUAAAUCACUGUGUUUAUUGCAGGGAAGUCCUCAAAUCAAAUGAAGAAAUAAAAUAAAAAAUGCUUCUUUAGAGAAUGAACUCUCCCACCUUAGCGUUGGGUAAUAAAUUGACUCUAUGGGUUAACAGAAUGUCAUGUGAUCCUGGGUACAAUGAAGGAUAUUGUUUUAUUUGAAUCACUAACAUAAACAUUCUAAUACAGAGA